GGGAAAAAGAACCUGUGUACUCUAUUGGCCGCUGAACACUUGUUCUGCUUUCUUAGAUGUUAUUUCUAAUUUCCCUCUCUGACCCAGGUGUCUCCUGCCCUCGCAAGGCCUCACUGCUGCAGGAGUGACCGACAGAGGCCGCAGCGAUGGCUGGGGCCUCGGUGAAGGUGGCGGUGCGUGUCCGCCCCUUCAACUCCAGAGAGAUGAGCCGUGACUCAAAGUGCAUCAUCCAGAUGUCCGGGAGCACCACCACCAUCGUCAACCCCAAGCAACCCAAAGAGACACCCAAGAGCUUCAGUUUUGACUACUCCUACUGGUCCCACACCUCGCCUGAAGACUUUAACUACGCCUCCCAGAAGCAGGUGUACCGGGACAUCGGCGAGGAGAUGCUGCAGCACGCCUUUGAGGGCUACAACGUCUGCAUCUUUGCCUAUGGGCAGACGGGUGCUGGCAAGUCCUACACCAUGAUGGGCAAGCAGGAGAAGGACCAGCAGGGCAUCAUCCCACAGCUCUGUGAAGACCUCUUCUCCCGGAUCAAUGACACAACCAAUGACAACAUGUCCUACUCUGUGGAGGUCAGCUACAUGGAGAUUUACUGUGAGCGUGUCCGCGACCUCCUGAACCCCAAGAAUAAAGGCAACCUGCGGGUACGGGAGCACCCACUUCUGGGACCCUAUGUGGAGGACCUCUCCAAGCUGGCUGUCACCUCCUACAAUGACAUCCAAGACCUCAUGGACUCGGGGAACAAGGCCAGGACUGUGGCAGCCACGAACAUGAACGAGACUAGCAGCCGUUCCCAUGCAGUCUUCAAUAUCAUCUUCACUCAGAAGCGCCAUGACGCAGAGACCAACAUCACCACCGAGAAGGUGAGCAAGGUCAGCCUGGUGGAUCUGGCAGGCAGCGAGCGGGCUGACUCCACUGGUGCCAAGGGGACGCGUCUCAAGGAGGGAGCCAACAUCAACAAGUCCUUGACCACGCUGGGGAAGGUCAUCUCCGCUCUGGCCGAAAUGGACUCCGGGCCCAACAAGAACAAGAAAAAAAAGAAGACAGAUUUCAUUCCAUACCGAGAUUCCGUGCUGACCUGGCUUCUCCGGGAAAACCUGGGUGGUAACUCAAGGACAGCGAUGGUGGCAGCCCUGAGCCCUGCAGACAUCAACUAUGAUGAAACCCUGAGCACACUGAGGUAUGCUGACCGGGCCAAGCAGAUCCGCUGCAACGCAGUCAUCAACGAGGACCCCAACAACAGACUGAUCCGCGAGCUGAAGGACGAGGUGACUCGGCUGCGGGACCUGCUGUACGCCCAGGGUCUGGGCGACAUCGCGGACACCAACACUGUGCCCGGAGGACCCAAAUUGACCAACGCACUGGUGGGCAUAAGCCCCUCAUCCUCGCUCUCAGCCCUGUCGAGCCGCGCUGCCUCUGUGUCCAGCCUGCACGAGCGCAUCCUGUUUGCCCCGGGCAGCGAGGAGGCCAUCGAGAGGCUAAAGGAGACGGAGAAGAUCAUCGCUGAGCUGAACGAGACCUGGGAGGAGAAGCUGCGGCGCACAGAGGCCAUCCGGAUGGAGAGGGAGGCACUGCUGGCCGAGAUGGGUGUGGCCAUGAGGGAGGACGGUGGCACCCUGGGUGUGUUCUCUCCAAAAAAGACACCACAUCUGGUCAACCUGAACGAGGACCCGCUGAUGUCCGAGUGUCUCCUCUACUACAUCAAGGACGGGAUCACCAGAGUGGGCCGGGAGGAUGGAGAGAGGCGGCAGGACAUUGUCCUGAGCGGGCACUUCAUCAAGGAGGAGCACUGCAUCUUCAGGAGUGACUCCAGGGGAGGCACCGAAGCAGUGGUGACCCUGGAGCCCUGUGAGGGUGCAGACACCUACGUCAACGGCAAGAAAGUCACAGAGCCCAGCAUCCUUCGGUCAGGGAAUCGCAUUAUCAUGGGGAAGAGCCACGUGUUCCGCUUCAACCACCCGGAGCAGGCGCGGCAAGAGCGGGAGCGCACGCCCUGCGCGGAGACGCCCGCUGAGCCCGUGGACUGGGCCUUCGCCCAGCGAGAGCUGCUGGAGAAACAGGGCAUCGACAUGAAGCAGGAGAUGGAGCAGAGGCUCCAGGAGCUGGAGGACCAGUACCGCAAGGAGCGGGAGGAGGCCACCUACCUGCUGGAGCAGCAGAGGCUGGACUAUGAGAGUAAGCUGGAGGCCCUGAAGAAGCAGAUGGACUCCAAGUACUACCCAGAGGUGAACGAGGAGGAGGAGGAGCUGGAAGAUGAAGUCCAGUGGACGGAACGGGAGUGUGAGCUGGCACUGUGGGCCUUCCGGAAGUGGAAGUGGUACCAGUUCACGUCCCUGCGUGACCUGUUGUGGGGUAAUGCCAUUUUCCUCAAGGAGGCCAAUGCCAUCAGCGUGGAGCUCAAGAAGAAGGUCCAGUUCCAGUUUGUCCUCCUCACGGACACGCUGUACUCCCCACUGCCCCCCGACCUGCUGCCCCCCGAGGCCGCCAAAGACAGGGAGACGCGUCCCUUUCCCCGCACCAUUGUGGCCGUGGAGGUGCAGGACCAGAAGAAUGGGGCCACUCACUACUGGACACUGGAGAAGCUCAGGCAACGCCUAGACCUAAUGCGGGAGAUGUACGACCGAGCGGCCGAGGUGCCCUCCAGCAUCAUCGAGGACUGUGACAACGUGGUCACCGGUGGAGACCCCUUCUACGACCGCUUCCCCUGGUUCCGGCUCGUGGGCAGUUCAGUCAUCUCUGGCUGCAGCAGCUACCCACUUCUCAACACAUGCAUGAGCGAGCGCAUGGCUGCUCUCACCCCCUCCCCCACCUUCUCGAGCCCCGACUCCGAUGUCACCGAGCCGGCCGAGGAGCAGAGCAUGGGGGAGGAGGAGGAGGAGGAGGAGGAGGAGGAGGACCUGGAGGAAGACGACGUCUUUCCGGAGCACGCGCUGUGCCACGGCCGGGACCCGUUUUACGACCGGCCCCCCCUGUUCAGUUUAGUAGGAAGGGCCUUUGUGUAUCUCAGCAACCUACUGUACCCUGUACCCCUGGUGCACCGUGUGGCCAUUGUCAGCGAGAAGGGCGAAGUCAAGGGCUUCCUCCGAGUGGCUGUUCAGGCCAUCUCAGCUGAUGAAGAAGCCCCCGAUUAUGGCUCAGGCGUCCGCCAGUCGGGAACUGCCAAAAUCUCCUUUGAUGACCAGCAUUUCGAAAAGUUCCAGUCCGAGUCCUGCCCUGUGGUGGGGAUGUCCCGCUCAGGGACCUCCCAGGAAGAGCUACGCAUCGUGGAAGGCCAGGGCCAGGGUGCUGAUGUGGGACCCUCUGCUGACGAGGUCAACAACAACACCUGCUCAGCAGUGCCUCCUGAAGGCCUCCUAGACAGCCCAGAGAAAUCCAUGCUGGAUGGGCCCCUGGACGCUGCCCUGGACCACCUCCGCCUCGGCAGCACCUUCACCUUCCGAGUGACAGUCCUACAGGCAUCCAGCAUCUCCGCUGAAUACGCUGACAUCUUCUGCCAGUUCAACUUUAUCCACCGCCAUGAUGAGGCCUUCUCCACGGAGCCUCUGAAGAACACAGGCCGGGGCCCACCGCUUGGCUUCUAUCACGUCCAGAAUAUUGCCGUGGAGGUGACCAAGUCCUUCAUCGAGUAUAUCAAGAGCCAGCCUAUUGUGUUUGAAGUCUUCGGCCACUACCAGCAGCACCCAUUCCCACCCCUCUGCAAGGACGUGCUCAGCCCCCUGAGGCCAUCACGCCGGCAUUUUCCAAGAGUCAUGCCACUGUCCAAGCCAGUGCCUGCCACCAAGCUGAGCACACUGACACGGCCCUCCCCAGGGCCCUGCCACUGCAAGUAUGACCUGCUGGUCUACUUCGAGAUCUGCGAGCUGGAGGCCAAUGGAGAUUACAUCCCAGCUGUGGUGGACCACCGAGGGGGUAUGCCCUGUAUGGGAACCUUCCUGCUUCACCAGGGAAUCCAGAGGCGGAUAACCGUGACACUGCUGCACGAGACCGGCAGCCACAUCCGCUGGAAGGAAGUGCGCGAGCUGGUCGUGGGUCGCAUCCGGAACACCCCAGAAACCGACGAGUCUUUGAUCGACCCCAACAUCUUGUCUCUCAACAUCCUUUCAUCUGGGUACAUUCACCCCGCCCAGGAUGACCGGACAUUUUACCAGUUUGAGGCCGCGUGGGACAGCUCCAUGCACAACUCUCUCCUGCUGAACCGGGUCACCCCUUACCGGGAGAAAAUCUACAUGACCCUCUCUGCCUACAUUGAGAUGGAGAACUGCACGCAGCCGGCCGUCGUCACCAAGGACUUCUGCAUGGUCUUCUACUCCCGGGAUGCCAAGUUGCCCGCCUCUCGAUCCAUCCGAAACCUGUUCGGCAGUGGGAGCCUGAGGGCUUCAGAGAGCAACCGCGUGACGGGCGUGUAUGAGCUCAGCCUGAGCCACGUGGCCGACGCAGGCAGCCCAGGGAUGCAGCGACGCCGCAGGCGGGUGCUGGACACGUCUGUGGCCUACGUGCGUGGUGAGGAGAACCUGGCAGGCUGGAGGCCGCGGAGUGACAGCCUCAUCCUGGACCACCAGUGGGAGCUGGAGAAGCUCAGCCUGCUGCAGGAGGUGGAGAAGACCAGGCACUACCUGCUCCUGCGGGAGAAGCUGGAGACCACCCAGCGGCCCGGCCCCGAGGUGUUGUCGCCCAUCUAUAGUGAGGACUCCGAAUCUCGCAGCUCCUCUGGUGCCUCCUCUCCUCUCUCGGCCGAGGGCCGGCCAUCACCCCUGGAGGUCCCCAACGAGAGGCAGCGGGAGUUGGCCGUCAAGUGCUUGCGUCUCCUCACACACACGUUCAACAGAGAGUACACCCACAGCCACGUCUGCAUCAGCGCCAGCGAGAGCAAGCUCUCUGAGAUGUCCGUCACCCUGCUGCGGGACCCCUCCAUGUCCCCUCUCGGAGCAGCCACGCUCACACCCUCCUCCACCUGCCCCUCCCUGGUCGAAGGGCGCUACAACACUGACCUGAGGACCCCACAGCCCUGCUCUCGGCCAGCCAGCCCGGAGCCCGAGCCAGUGCCUGAGGUGGACACCAAGAAGUCCCCCUCCCCCACCCAGACCACAGAGACGGACAAGGAGCCCCAGCGUCUGCUAGUGCCCGACAUCCAGGAGAUCAGGGUCAGCCCCAUUGUCUCCAAGAAGGGCUACCUGCACUUCCUGGAGCCGCACACAGCCGGCUGGGCCAAGCGCUUUGUGGUGGUGCGGCGCCCCUAUGCCUACAUGUACAACAGUGACAAGGACAGCGUGGAGAGGUUCGUGCUCAACCUGUCCACUGCCCAGGUGGAGUACAGUGAGGACCAGCAGGCCAUGCUCAAGACACCUAACACGUUUGCCGUGUGCACGGAGCACCGUGGGAUCUUGCUGCAGGCCAACAGCGACAAGGACAUGCAUGACUGGCUAUACGCCUUCAACCCCCUCCUGGCCGGGACCAUACGGUCCAAGCUUUCCCGGAGGCGGUCUGCCCAGAUGAGGGUCUGAGCGAAGCCCCCAGUGAUGGCCACCGACCCAGCCUGCCUCCACCCUAUCCCAUCUGUCCUGUCAUCUGCCAUCAGCCCUGCCCCCACCAGGUGGUGAAUGCCCAUGGUGGGGGGCACCAAGCCCCGGGGUCUCCCCACCUAGGGGCUCAGCCACAUGACCGAGGCUCACAGCUGACGCCGUUCUUAUCAUUUCUUUAGCUACUGGAGAGGAAGAGUCGGGAGGCGCCGGAACCCCCAGAGGGCACACGUGGGGGGCGGGGUAGGGUGGGGGCACUGCCCUUCUAAUAUUUUUUUAAGGAUAGACAGACUUAUAAUUAAUAUAUCGCUAGUUAGUGACAAUGAAGCAGUCAGUCCCUCCUGAAACUAACUGUGAGACUUGUUCUAUUUAUAAGUAUUUAUUUCUGACGCCUUCACCAGACCUGGCAGAUGCCCAUGGACCCCGCCCCUUUCCUGCCCCCACCCCGUUUGUCCCCACAUUCAUCCCCAGCCUCUUAGGGAAAGACAGGGUUGGGGCAGCGCUCGUGGGGAGCCCUGGCCUGGGGCCUCUCCCCCGCACUGUCCCAGGGUGUGUGUGUGGGGGGGGAAUGCCCUGAUGCUGGGAUGGGUGGUAUCACACCGCUUCUAGUGGGAGGUAGAGCCCAUGUCCCAUCUGGGCACACCUGGGAUGUGACCAAAGGCCAUGGGAGCGGGUGUGUGUGUCAGCAGUCACAGGUGGGGCGGGUCAGGGUCCAGGGCGGGGCCAGAUGGGAGAAGGCUUGGGUGCCAGCCUCACAGCCACCGAGGUGACAGUGGUUGUGCCACUGUGCCGAGUCCCCCACCUGUCCAUCACCUGGAUGGUGACUGGAAUUCUAGGCAGAGCUAUAGGAUGGCAGGGCGGGGCAGAGUUCUGGGGUGGCCAGCGGCCUGUGGUGCAGCCGAGAAGUGGGUGACUGAGCACAGCAUGGCUGAGGAGCCCAUGGCUCCCUGACAGACAUGUUUAUAGGAGAGCUUCCUUCUCCUGGCCCCAGGGAGAGUUUCUGUGCAUGCAAUGAGAAAUCCCCACAGGGGGUGUCUUCACCACAUCCAUGACGCACAGAACCAGCAGCUCUCCUCAGACCAGAGGAGGGCUCCCAUCCUGGGGAGCAUAGGGCCAGUGCUCCCACUCCAGCAGGGGACACAGGUGACAGGAUGUCAGGAGCAUGUACACACUCAGCAGGGGGGAGCAAGCUAAGAUGGAAGGGUUCCUGAGAACCGCCUUCCCUUCAGCAAGAGGGGGUGGGGGGGCGCAGGGCCGGCCACCCCACUCAGGGUGCAGGUCAGCCAACCUGAAGCCCGGCCGUGGGCAGCCUGAGCCCUCCC